ACCUCUCCAAAUCAAUGGAUUCAGGUGUUCCAAUCACCUCCAUGGCCACAGGUGUUACAGUCACCUCCAUGGCCACAGGUGUAUAAAAUCAAGCACCUAGGCAUGCAGACUGUUUCUACAAACAGUUGUGAAAGAAUGGGUCGCUCUCAGAAGCUCAGUGAAUUCAAGCAUGGUCGCGUUAUAGGUUGCCACCUGUGCAAUACAUUCAUCCGCAAAAUUUCCUUGCUAUUUAAAUAUUCCACGGUCAACUGUUAGGGUAUUGUAGCAAAGUGAAAGUAACUGGGAACAGCAGCUCAGCCA